AUGUCUCGUCUCUCGAUUAUCGCUACCCUUGGCCUACUCGCCAUUCAGGGCACUGCCAGCGUUCUGCGCCCGCGCCGCUUUGAUAGCACGGUUCCAUUCUAUGAUCACGAUGCUAACGUGCCUUCCGAUUGUAACCUUUGGUGGAACUCGGACGAUGGCAUCAGCUGCGACACUGUUCUCUUGAUUACGAGCUUGUCCAUCUCUCAGCUGACUAGCCUGGUAAGCAUCAAACCCUUGGCCUUCUCGCUUAGCUCAACUGCCCAUUACAAUCUUGACAUAAGAACUGACAUAACACAACAGAACCCGUCCAUCAGAUCCUGUGGUGACUGGAAGGCCGAUUAUUCCUACUGUAUCGGCGCCGUAUCGGGCAUCCCCGCACCCCCGGUGACCACGGCGCGGCCAACUACCACCUCGCCGCCCUCAGGGGGACCCACCACGUCCAGCACGCCGACCAACCCGGGGAACGGCGUGCAGACGCCCGAACCGUGGCAGCCGGGCAUGGUUAACAACUGCAACCGGUUCUACCAGGUGCAGUCCGGCGACACAUGCGCCGUCAUUGCAUCCAAGACUGGCGUCACUGUCGCCCAACUGGCGACUUGGAACACGCAGAUCGGCGGCGCGGCAUGCACAGGCAUUUGGGCUGGCUACAACGUCUGCACCGGUAUAAUUGGUGGAACGCCAACAGAACCCGAACCGACAAACCCGACGCCGCAGCCGAUUCAGGACGGCAUGGUGAACAACUGCAACCGCUUCCACCUCGUACAGACUGGCGAGACCUGCGAUGUGAUUGCGUCCAAGGCCGGUGUGACCGUUGCGCAGCUUACUACCUGGAACAAGGGCAUCGGCGCCUCUUGCACGGGCAUGUGGGCCGGCUACCAUCUCUGCACUGGUGUAAUCGGGGGAACGCCAACAGAACCCGGUCCGACAAACCCAACCCCCCAGCCGAUUCAGGACGGCAUGGUGAACAACUGCAACCGCUUCCACCUCGUACAGACUGGCGAGACCUGCGAUGUGAUUGCUUCCAAGACGGGCGUGACCGUUUCGCAGCUUACUACCUGGAACAAGGGCAUCGGCGCCUCGUGCACCGGAAUGUGGGCCGGCUACUACCUUUGCACCGGUAUCGAAGGCGGCUCCCAGACACCGCCCGCACCGAACCCGACUCCGCAGCCGAUCCAGGCUGGCAUGGUGGGCAACUGCAAGAAGUUCCACUUUGUGCAGAGCGGGCAGAACUGUGACACCAUCUCCCGGCAAUAUGGCAUCUCGGUAGCCAACUUUAUCCGCUGGAACCCUGCCGCAGGGUCCAACUGCCAGGGCCUAUGGGCCCAGACGUACGCCUGUGUGGGGCUUUAA